AUGGCAAAUGUAAACAAACUAAUCGAGCACAUCGGAGAUUUUGGGCCUUUCCAGAAAAAAAUUGUCAUACUUGGGUCCUUUCCGGUGAUAAUUUUCGCUUUUGUACUCGUUGGGGUUGUUUUCUUAGGAAACACUCCAGAUCACUGGUGUCAGAGUCCUGGCUCUGAGCGCCUCCAGGAGGAAUGUGGCUGGACGGAGGUUGAAGUCAGGGAAGUUACUGUUCCCCGCUCGGGGCAGUCAGGAUCCUUCAGCCGCUGUGAGCAAUUUGACGUGGACUGGAGCAAAAGCCAAAACAAAUGUAAUGAACUUGAUUGGCUGUCGACUUCUAAUGUCACUCUGUUUGUGCCUUGUGACGGCAGAUGGUCGUUUGAUAAAAGCCACAGCACUAUUGUUUCUGAGUUCUCAUUGGUUUGUGGGAAUUCCUGGCUCGCUGAUCUGAAUCAGGUUUUCCUGGCAUUUGGAUUUUUUGUUGGAGCUUUCAUCACUGGCUACCUGGCUGACAGGUUUGGUAGAAAGCCAUGUUUCAUUGUAUCAAUGCUCGGCAUUGGUAUCUCAGGUGUCGGUGUCAUGCUGUCGCCAUGGUACCCGCUUCUACUCACAUUUCGAUUUGUACAAGGGUUUUGCGGAAAGGGGGCAUGGACAGCCUCCUAUGUACUUGUGAUUGAGUUCUUUGGGUCAAACGACAGGAGGUUUUUGUCCAUGGUGUCUCGGACUUUCUACUCCUUUGGCAUGGUCAUCCUGCCUGGCCUGGCAUACUACCUGUCCUCCUGGAAGACUCUGCAACUGGUCAUGAGUCUGCCCUGCUUUCUUUUUAUCUCAUACUACUGGAUUGUUCCUGAAUCUCCACGCUGGUUAUUCUCACGAAAAAGAAAUACAGAGGCCAUGAGCGUUGCUGCAAGCAUCGCAAAAUCCAAUGGGAGAUCUUUACCACAGAAUUUUUCAGAAAUAGUUCUUCUCGAGGAAAAGACAGAAGAAAAUCCCGUAUCAGUCAUGGAUUUGUUCAGAACACCAAAUAUGAGAAAAAACACUCUAAUUUUAUCCUACGCCUGGUUUACGAGCACCAUUGUGUUUCAAGGUCUGGUCCUGCGGUUGGGGAUCACAGGCGAUAACCUCUUUUUAAAUUUCUUCAUCUCAGCCAUGGUGGAGCUGCCUACUGGCCUCAUCUUCUACUUCCUGGUCGACAGAGUUGGUCGACGCUCCCUCAUGGCCAUGACCAAUUUCACUGGAGGCAUCGCCUGCCUUAUAGUCCCUUUUGUCCCCAUGGAUUUGGCCUGGCUGAAAAAAACGAUUGCAAUCAUCGGGAGGUUGGCUGUUGCCAUUGGAUUUGAGACUGUGAACUUUGCAAACACGGAGAUGUAUCCGACACCACUGAGAAAUUUGGGUUUGUCCGUGUGUUCGUCAGCCAGUGACAUUGGAGCAAUUGCAGCGCCCUUCCUACUCUACAGACUGGCCAGUAUCUGGCAGGAGCUCCCUCUUUUACUCUAUGGUGUGAUGUCGGUGCUGUACAGCGGAUUGGUGAUGAUGUUACCUGAGAUGAGAGGAGUCCCCCUACCGGAGACAGUAGAGGACGUGGAGAAUCUAACGGGAAAAAACAUGAAAGACAAGUCAAAGGAGUCAAAGGGAAACGGUUUGAUUAUAUGACGGGAGACUGAGGCCUUGAAGAGCCGGAAGACUUCUGGAUUAUCCUCCACAUGUGUGCUGUGUUUAUGAUACACAAACUGUCCUUCUGUGCUGUGCUCAUAAGAUUUACAGUCCUUUGUUGUUAUGGCAGAGUUGUGUUACAUUAGAUACAGAAGAGCUGUUAACUAGAGUAUUGCACUGUGAUGGGGAUGUUAACACAGGAGGUGUUGGGAAAUAAAUGGUUCAAGAUUUUAUGUCUUCGCAACCUAUCACCUCAACAGUGCUACUUUUCAGCAAUUACACGAUGAUGAUAUUAUAUUUAGAUUGAGGAUGUUACAUCAGUGCAAGCGUUGUGUUCAUUAUGGGUGA